ACCUUAAAAAAAAGUGAACUUCAACUUUGAAGUAGUGACAAAAAACUAAUAAAAGAUUACCAUGGAGGUGGACGCUGCCCAGUCUGCAGAACAACAGUCAGUUAAACUUGAAGAGUUACCAAAACCGUUAAACGUAGAACAGGACCCCAAUUCAGCGCUACUCGCAACAACAAAUGGAAACGAUAAUGAUAUUGGAACUCAAUCUGUAAACUCAAAGGAUGUUCAAAAACCAUCUCCAAAAAAACCUAAAAAGCGAAAGCCAAAGAUUCCUCGCGAUGUAACCGCGCCGCGACAACCUCUUACUGGAUAUGUACGAUUUCUGAAUGAAAGGCGUGAUCAAUUGCGUGCUGAGCAACCAGAGUUAGGUUUUGCUGAAUUAACUAGACAGUUGGCUAGUGAAUGGAGUAAGCUUCCAUCUGAAGAAAAACAACAAUACCUUGAUGCAGCUGACCAAGAUAAAGAACGAUAUAUAAAAGAAUGGGCUGAAUACAAGAAAACUGAUGCUUACAAAGAAUUUAGAAGGCAGCAAAUGGAACAGAAGGACUCCAAUACCACCACUAAAAAAAUUAAACCAAAUACAAAUAAUGAUAGUAAUUUGAAUAAUACAGGUGCGGCUACACAAACACCAGAACAAAGUAUUGUUGGUAAUAUAGCUGCUGUCCCAGUAACGUGUUUACCAAGGCAACAAACACCACCUCGUCCGAGGCCUUGUAUAACACCUGCAUCUGGAGAAGAAAUACCCGGUGACACAGAUAUUCCUAUAUUUACAGACCAAUUCUUACAUCAUAACAAAUUAAGAGAAACAGAACUUCGUCAAUUAAGAAAAGCAAAUUCUGAUUAUGAACAACAGAAUGCUAUUUUGCAACGUCAUGCUGAGGAAGUCAGCGCCGCAACUGCAAGACUUCGUGCAGAAACUGCAGCAGCAGCUGAGAGAACAGCAGCUCUUGUAGCACACCGUCGAGCCCUUGUAUCUAAUUUGAGCCAAGCUUUACAAUCAGUUGUAUUACCUUUGCAAGGAGGUCCUACUGGUGCUUCAGAAAGUAACAUAGAAGAAUAUAUGGAAAAAUUACAAAGCUUUGCUUUAGAUGGAAAGAAUAAUCCACUUCUGAAACAAGCAAAGGAUAUUUUGAAUAGAAUUGAAUUACCAACUGUUUAAAACUUUAUUUAAUAAAAUUAUGUCACAU